AUGAAACCAGAUAAGCUAGAGUUGGCAGUCAUGGUUUGCGCCGGUUGCAUUGCUUUUGCUGUUAUUGUGGCCUCAAUCGCCUAUUAUGGUUUGUUAGAGCUUGAAAAUGUUUGCACAUGACUUUGAAAUUUUCAGUCUGGCGAUGGGCUCUGGAUCAGAAGCUGACCCAGCUUUCCAAACGAACGGUUGCGAUCUCCGGCUGCGACUCUGGAUUUGGGCAUUUAUUGGCGAUUAAGUUAGUUUCGCUCGGAGUGCCAGUAAUUGCUGGGUGCUACAGCUCAAAGGUAAAUGGAGGCGAUUAUUCAGUUACCUCGGCAUAGUGCUGCUGCUGAUAAGAGAAAGGACAUUGGCUAGAAAUUUGUUGAUAUUCGAAGAAUCAUUUUCCCUUGUUAAAAGAGAAAACAGUAAUGUAACUUAAGGGAGAAGAAGAUCUCAAAAAAGCGGUCAGAAAUUCGAAGCUACUUACAACUUUCCCUCUGGAUGUCAGCAGUGACGACAGUGUGAAAAAGUUUGCGACUCAAGUUGGAGAGACUGUUGGCAAAAAUGGUUCAUAUCUGUUUCCACUUAUCACCUUUACCUGCUUCAGGUCUAUGGGGAGUCGUCGCAAACGCUGGCGUGUUGGGAAAUUCCGGACCUGAUGAUUGGCUCAACGCAAAUGAUUACAUACAAGUAAUUUCCAUUUCUAUAUUACUAUAAUGAAAAAACUUCAGACGAUGCAAGUUAACACAUUCGGCGUCAUGAGAUUUAUUCAAAACCUGAAGAAAUAUGUCAAAACCCAGAAGGGCAGGUAUUUUCGAACCGUAUGAAUAGAUUAAUUUUUAAUCAUUGAGAGUCGUCAUAAUCUCUUCGAUUUCUGGAAGAACGCCCAGGCCGACGGUUGGGCCAUACUGUGUUUCCAAACAUGCCGUAGAAGCGUACGCUGACGUCAUCAGGUAAAGAUUUGUUUUCAACAGAAAAAAUAUGAAAAAUUUGUAGACACGAGCUAUGUGACUUUGGAGUGAGCGUGCAUCUAUUGGAACCCGGUUUCUUCACUACAAAUAUCACUCAAACUGCAACUAAAGACUUGGACCAAGUUUAUAUUUUUUUUUAUCACAAUUUAUCACCAUUUGCAAAGUUUUUUUUCCUGAACUCGCCCUUGCUCGCAGCCUUAGAAGUAAACCUACAAGAGGUUUUGACAAAAAUCAUGUUUUCUUUUCUUAAUUUGCUGAUCACGCGAAACCGUUAUCUCAAGUUCUUUCGAGCCUGCGAUGACUGAAAAAUUUGUUUUGAAGAAAAAAAAAUAAUAAAAUGGAAUUAAGGUCUGGGAACGGCUUGACGCUGAAACAAAGAAAGAAUACGGAAAGCAAUUCUUCGAUGAUUGUAAGAAUUCAACUUUAUAUCUUCAGACAAGUAAAAAAGGAAUUCAGACAAGGAAUCGCGUUUCUCGCGACUGUCUCACUGUGCGGACGACUUGAACCCUGUCCUGGAUGCCUACACUCACGCGUUGCUUGGAAAGUACCCGAAGACACGGUACUGGGUCGGCUGGGACACGAUUCUCUUUUACAUCCCACUAGCGACGUUACCAACUUUUGCUCAAGACGCUUUCAUUCGAUUCCAGAGAAGAAAUAGACCCGUUCCUGAAGCUAUGAAAAGGAAUCACUGA